AACCGAAACAGUGGAAUGUGCGUUUGUGCGUCCUGGUGAAAACAAAAAAAACACUAAAUCACCUGUUAAAAACUGUUAUUCUGUGCUUAAAAAUAAGUUGGAAAUACGAAACAGUAUACUGGUUGAUUUUUAAAAUUGUUUUUGAAUUUACAGCGAAGACACGUUUCAUAAAAACGUAAAAAUAGGUCAGUUUUGCCAUUCAGAACAGCUUAUGCCAAAGAAAUAAUCAUACCACGGAUUCAACAAAUUGGAAAAUGGCAAUACAUAUUGAGAAUGUUAAAAAUUACAUUUUAAACAGUUCUGAUGACGCGAAAGUUCAGAGUAUUCCUUUUAAGAUAAGUGCGGACUGUGAUGCCAAAGUGUCAAAAUAUUUUGAAUCAAGUAUUAAGUUCGAAGAUGAUAAAAGCUUGAAAGCAUCUUUUAGAGGAUACCCCUUAAGAGGUCAAAGCAUGUCGCUACCCACUGGUUAUGUUGGUGUUGUCUUACAUGAGAGUAUUGUACCCACAUCUGACACAGAAGAUAGAAAGUUUCAUGUUAUUAAUAAAUUCAAAACCCUUAGGUAUUGGAAUUGGGAUAAAAAUACUGGUAAAAAUGAUAAAAUUGUACAAGCAUUAGAAUGGAUUGAUAUUGCAGAAGUUUUGCACUCCCCAAUUACAGAAGAGUAAAAGUAAGAUGUAGUUGUACAUCUAUGAAGUGCCUAAUAUCAUUUUUAAAUUAUAAUGCUGUUACAAAUACAUUUCAAGUAUAGUUCUUUUUAAAAUAUUUUUAUAAAUUAAAAUAAAAGCCACAUUUUUA